GGGUCAAUUGGACAUACGGUGAUAUCGUUAGUGGGUGUCGUUUCCGUAUUCGAACUUGAACGCCAUCACCGAGGUCCACGUUUGUUUUCUUAAAUUUUACUCGCAUAAUCACCGACGACAUGUCUUCUAAAAAUGCGAAGGACAAAGCGAAGAAUAUUCAAGAAAAGUAUCAGAUGAUACUAUCGAGAUUGUUACGUGAGGAAGACAAUAAAUAUUGUGCUGAUUGCGACGCGAAAGGUCCGCGAUGGGCAUCAUGGAAUCUGGGAAUCUUUCUGUGUAUACGAUGUGCUGGUAUUCAUCGCAACCUGGGCGUACACGUCUCCAGGGUGAAAUCGGUCAAUCUGGACACUUGGACAGAGGAACAGAUCACAAGCAUUGAAAAUGGAGGGAACACCCUUGGCCGGAGGAUCUACGAGAAACACCUCCCCGCGGACUUCAGACGGCCCACGGCCGAUUCGAGCUCCUUGGAGCACUUCAUCCGGGCCAAGUAUGAACACAAGAAAUACAUGGAUAAAGAUUUUGUCCGUCCAGCCCCAAAGAGGAUACAAGAUAUUGAAGUCAGCGACAAAAAGGAGAAGAAGAACAUUGGCACGGCGAGGCAAAAACAGACACUGGUGGCCUUGGCGAAAUCCAAAGAGAGCGUACCACGGCCUCACGCCACCAACCUCCAGCCUUCAUCGGCCGUCCCUCUAUCAUCGACGCUGUCCCAGUCCUCGCCCAACCUGGUCGCCGCUGACCAUCCACAUUCCACAUCAGUCAAGACAGUCGCCUCCACCAACGACUUACUAGGACUGUCCGAUAACGUGGACGACCUCCUGGGGCUGGACACCCCAACCACCAGCGCCACCACAAUCAGCCAAUCGGCCACCAACAAUGGAACGUCAGAAGGCGUGGUGGAGACGUCACUGUUCGGCGAAGAAACCGAGACAGGGAAUGCUACCGGCAAGAAGACCAAAGACUCUAUCAUGGCGCUGUUUGCCACCUCCUCUGGACAACAGCAGCAGCCCGCUUACAACGUCCCAGGCGGCAUGUACAUUCCAUCCCAGAAGCAGCAGCCGUUUGUUGCUAAUGGUUACCCGGCCAACUCUGCCAUGCCGGGCUACCAGAUGCCCCCACAACAACAGCAGCAGCAGAUGCAGCCGAACGCGGGCAUGCCGGCUUACCAACAGCAAGGCUACGGCAUGAUGAACAACCCGGGCAUGAUGGGACAGCAGCAAGGCAUGAUGGGUAAUCCGGGCAUGAUGGGAAUGCAAGGGAUGUACGCCACACAGGCCGCGCAACAGUCGGCUUAUCUCCAGCAGCAGCAGCAACAACAGCAGCAACAACAACAACAACAACAACAGCAGCAGUUUCAGCUGAUGCAACAGCAGAUGACACAGCAGUACCAGCAAUGGCAGUAUAUGCAGCAGAUGCAGUUGCAGCAACAGCAACAGUACAAUUUGGACCUCCAGAUCCAGCAGCAAAUGAACUCAAUGCGCAUGGGCGGCGGCGGAGCCACCAACCCCCCUGCCGGACAAGUGCAGCAGCCCAACUGGCAACAGGGCAGCACCGGGAUGCCCCAGCAACAGCCCGCCCCAACAGCCAUGGCGGGGGUUGGCAGCAUGGGCGGAUGGGGAGGGGCCGGAUCGGGGCAGACACUCAGCAACCAGCUGUGGAAAUGAUAACAAUGCAAGUGGGGUGAUACGCUGUCUGUCACGAAGGACUGGUGGGAAAUCAACAUAUCUGGUGGAUUAUGGUGCAAUCUUGGCUUCAUUUUGAGGUUACAAAGGUGAUAAAUGCAUGUACGCGUUUCCAUUUUCUUGUAUUUCAAAAUUGUUGAGUUCUGCGCAGCAGUUACAGCAUGGAGAUUUAGUCAGAGUAAUGUUUUCAUAAGGAUGCCCCUUUAAGAACCAGUCCCCCCCCC